CAUCGAGAUAUACCUCUUAUUAGUUCGUUGAUUAGCCUCAGCCUCAAAGCCAUCAAUGGCUUCUCUGAAUCUCCGAUCUUUGUCUUUGCUUCUUAUCCUGGCUUUAGCCUCCUGCUAUAUGAUCCCCACGUAUGCUCAGCUCACUACUGAUUUCUACGACAGAAUAUGUCCUCAGGCUCUUCCAAUCAUCAGGUCUGUCCUUCAUCGUGCAAUCCACCGUGAACGACGCAUGGGCGCUUCCUUACUGCGUUUGCAUUUCCAUGACUGCUUCGUCAACGGAUGUGAUGGAUCAGUUCUGCUAGAUGAUACCCCUACCUUCACUGGGGAGAAGACAGCCUUCCCAAACAUAAACUCCAUCAGAGGCUUCGAGGUUGUUGAUGAAAUCAAGGCAGCUGUCGACAAGGUUUGCAAACGCCCUGUCGUUUCAUGUGCUGAUAUCUUAGCCGUAGCAGCUCGUGAUUCUGUCGCCAUCUUGGGAGGCCCACUGUUUCAUUACCCAGUACUAUUAGGAAGAAGGGAUGCAAGAACAGCAAGCAGAGACGCUGCAAACAUGAACCUUCCUCCUCCAUUCUUCAACUUCUCACAGCUUGUCACUAAUUUCCAGUCUCAUGGGCUAAACCUCAAGGACUUGGUCGUCCUCUCCGGCGGUCACACCAUCGGGCUAGCUCGCUGCACCACCUUCCGAGACAGGCUCUACAAUGACACCGACAUGGACCAUAGCUUUCGAGCCAGCCUGACUUGCACUUGUCCCAGAACCGGAGGGGACGACAAUCUCGCUCCUUUGGAUUUCACUCCGGCGAGAGUUGACACUAACUACUACAGUGCUCUGAUCAAGAAGAAGGGUCUUCUUCAUUCCGAUCAAGAGCUGUUUAGGGGAGAUGGUGGUGAAAGUGACAGACUGGUGAAGCGAUAUAGUAAAAACGUGUUUGCUUUUGCUAAAGAUUUUGGAGCUUCCAUGAUCAAGAUGGGUAACAUAAAGCCUCUCACAGGAUAUGAGGGUGAGAUUAGGAUUAAUUGCAGAAAAGUCAACUAAAUUAAAACUGCAAAGGUCUCAAACUUUCAAGAAUGGUUUCAGUUAAAGCAAAAUUUAAAACCAUGUCAAGACGAAGUCGGUUGAAUUAAUAAUAAUUCACUGGGCAAGGGUAAUUAUGUACGAGAUUUGUGUGUUUCCACAAGUGGAAUUUACGAGUCGUUGGUUAAAUUUUUCUUGUUCAAGUAUUGGUUAUGUUUAUUUGUCUAAGUGUAAAACCAUGCAAAUUGUUAUUGUCUCACUCUCAAUAAUAAUAAUAGUAAUGAUUUUUUUUUAA